GGAACUUCUCUAAGAACGAUAACCGAACUUUAUAAAGUCAUCUACAUUACAGUAAACAGAUAAUAAAUAAUAUAAUAUGGCCAAGGGACUCUUGUCAUCACGGUGUUUACCGUAUCGUAUUCUUGAAUUAACUCUAAUUUUGUGUAUGUGUUGGGUAUUAUUUACUACCGUCUGUUGGACGUGGUUUUUAUGGUCAAAUUUUAAAGUUCCUUCACCAGCACAUAAUAUUGUGACAGAGAAUCCUAAAAGUAUUUUAGAAAUUCAACAUGUCCCUAGCAAAGUGAAUAGAAGUAACAGUCAAAUUCCUGUAUAUAUAGUAGAGGAGCACCAUGAAGUUCUGCCAUAUUGGUUUGGAGCUGCCAAACGCGGACUUAUUUCUAAACGCGGCAACACACUGGUUCAUAUUGAUGCACAUCCAGAUUCAGCUCUGUCAGGACAUCAGGACUGGAUACCACCUUUUCGGUUUCCCGAGUCUGAAAUGGAGAUUUUUAAAAUGAUGCAGGAGAAUGAUAGCUUUAUAAUGAGUUCCGUGAUUACAGGUUUAUUCAAUCGUUGGAUCUUCAUUUGGUCGUCCUGGGAUACUGAUAUGUUCCAAGAUAUAGGGCAUUACUUUAAAGUCGUUGUAGAAUUAGGACAUUUUACAGAUGUGCCACCCAACAGUUCUUUCCCGUUUUGUAGAUGCUUCAGGACUGCAAUCUUCAAGCGGAACAAAGAGUGUGUACAUUUUUCUGGGUAUCGUGGUAUGAAUGAAACGGUUAUAGAACCUUCUCGGUGUGAUAUAAAGUUUACUUAUACCUUGGAACAAUUAACAGAAAAAAAUGCAUUAGAGCGCAUUGAAAAAGGCGACUGGCUUACAAAGGACGAAAAUAUUGUUCUGGAUAUUGAUGAGGAUUUCUAUGGUUGCGAAGCAGCUGUUCAACCCCUUUAUGAUGUGGGAAUAUUUGAAGAAGAGCUGAACACGAUUAAAGAGCCUCUGUAUUAUUUAUUCUGUCCCCGAAAUGCCAUCGAUGAACGAAGCUUUGAUAAAAUCUUCCAUUUUAUAACCUCAAUGGUUGCAGAUUUUACUCCAUCAACUAAAGACGAAACGCAGUUGAGGGCAGAGAGACGGCAAUUUAUUGACAAAGUCGGUGAAGAAUUUUUACAAAAUGUCAAAACCAUGGGUGUGGAAGGUGGAAUGUGCAGUAAAAUAGAUAGUAAGCGAACGGACUAUUUGCGACUUCUGCUGUUCAAAUUGCUAAAGUUAUCUGAAAAACAGAUAAAGGCUUUGAGUGAGAUCGGUCUGUGCUUAGUGAUGACUCCUCGCUCUGUUUUAUACAAUCCAUUAUAUGGUAUGAGAACAUGUGAUGGAUAUAAUCGACCCGGCGAGUCAAUGGUAUUCUUCCACACACCCACAAUAGAAGAAAUAAACCAAAGAACUAAAGAUCUUAAGCAAAUAAUCAGCGGAAUCCCCGAUCCAAAGAUUGUUACUAUAUGUAGAUCCAUGCGUGACGGAUAUACUCCGAGAAAAUUCUUCCACAAGAUUGAAUCUGAUGUUCUAGAAUCGCUUGAACAAGGGUAUUCAAGAAUAAAUAGGGACGGAAUUCAUUACGAUUCACAGUUAUUAGGUGGUAGAAAUGGUUGGCCGGAUAGACACAAACCUUUAUAGACAUUUAAUUCAUUACAUGUGCUUUUUAUGUGUAAAUCAUUAUAGCUUUUGGAGACCAUCACCAAUGCAUCUCUGAAUUAUAGACUUAUUACGUUACAGCUUUCAUUGAGUUCAACGUGCGGUCAAAAAAAAAGUUCGUUGGACAUUAAUCGAAACGAUGUUUUAAAAAAAGAAAACAAAAAGGUUCGCUGCCAUUUUGAGCUGGGUGUACCUGGAUGGAAAAGAAAAAGUCAGAAAUUCCUUUGUGCUUGAUCGACUUGAAUGGUUUUAGGAUUAUGCAUUUUAGCAAGACUAUUUUAUAUUGUGUAUGAUCUGAAAGUCUGGAAUAUUGUGCCUACACCUGUACACUAUAUCACAGUGGAGUUCAUGACAUUAUCUGAGAACGUACAGGGACCAAGCAUCAAAAUUAUGUCCGUUUUGGUUUUGUUAUUCUAAGUAAAGUCCGUUUUGAUUUUGUUAUUCUAAGUUAUGUUCGUGUAAGUUAUGUUAUUCUAAGUUAUAUCACCCGUGUUGAUUAUAUACGCAUGUUGAUGUUCUCAGUUUGGUACUUGAUUUAUCGUUUUCGGUUGGCUAUGACCAUUUUAGAAUGCAAAAGUUCAACCCGUGAAAUGUGAUAACGACUGGAACACAACACACUAAUCAGAAAAUUAAAUCCGAGGGAUUGCAUUAUUUAGACAAUUGUUUAUCUAUAUUAAUAUUGUAUAUAAUAAAUAUGAC